CCUGACAGCCACAAACCUACAGCACUGACUGCAUUCAGAGAGGGAACCUGCAAACAAAACUUCACAGAAAACUUUUUGCUCUUGUUCCAGAGAAUUUGCUGAAGAGAAGAAGGAAAAAAAAAAGUCCAAAAGAACCUGUGCGUGAGGGGGGGAGGAAAAGCAGGGCCUUUUAAGAAGGCAACCACACGACUUUUGCUGCCAGGAUGCCCUUGCUUUGGCUGAGAGGAUUUCUGUUGGCAAGUUGCUGGAUUAUAGUGAGGAGUUCCCCCACCCCAGGAUCCGAGGGGCACGGCGCAGCCCCGGACUGCCCGUCCUGUGCGCUGGCCACCCUUCCGAAGGAUGGACCUAACUCUCAGCCAGAGAUGGUAGAGGCUGUCAAGAAACACAUCUUAAACAUGCUGCACUUGAAGAAGAGACCCGAUGUCACCCAGCCGGUGCCCAAGGCGGCGCUUCUCAACGCGAUCAGAAAGCUUCAUGUGGGCAAAGUGGGGGAGAACGGGUAUGUGGAGAUAGAGGACGACAUUGGCAGGAGGGCCGAAAUGAAUGAACUCAUGGAGCAGACCUCGGAGAUCAUCACCUUUGCCGAGUCAGGCACAGGCAGGAAGACACUGCAUUUUGAGAUUUCCAAGGAAGGCAGUGACCUAUCAGUAGUGGAGCGUGCAGAAGUCUGGCUCUUCCUGAAAGUCCCCAAGGCCAACAGGACCAGGACCAAAGUCACCAUCCGUCUGUUUCAGCAGCAGAAGCACCCACAGGGCAGCUUGGACAUGGGGGAUGAGGCCGAGGAAAUGGGCUUAAAGGGGGAGAGGAGUGAACUGUUGCUAUCAGAGAAAGUGGUCGAUGCUCGGAAGAGUACCUGGCACAUCUUUCCAGUGUCUAGCAGCAUCCAGCGCCUGCUGGACCAGGGAAAGAGUUCCCUGGAUGUGCGGAUUGCUUGUGAGCAGUGCCAGGAGAGUGGCGCCAGCCUAGUGCUCCUGGGCAAGAAGAAGAAGAAAGAAGUAGAUGGAGAUGGGAAGAAGAAAGAUGGAAGCGAUGGAGCGGCUGAAGAGGAAAAGGAACAAUCGCACAGACCUUUCCUCAUGCUGCAGGCUAGGCAGUCAGAAGACCAUCCUCACCGCAGGCGUAGGCGGGGCUUGGAGUGUGAUGGCAAGGUCAACAUCUGCUGUAAGAAACAGUUCUUUGUCAGUUUCAAGGACAUUGGCUGGAAUGACUGGAUCAUUGCUCCCUCUGGCUAUCAUGCCAACUAUUGUGAGGGUGAGUGCCCAAGCCACAUAGCGGGCACCUCUGGGUCCUCACUCUCCUUUCACUCAACAGUCAUCAACCACUACCGCAUGAGGGGUCAUAGCCCCUUUGCCAACCUUAAGUCAUGCUGUGUGCCCACCAAGCUGAGACCCAUGUCCAUGCUCUAUUACGAUGAUGGUCAAAACAUCAUCAAAAAGGACAUUCAGAACAUGAUUGUGGAGGAAUGUGGCUGCUCCUAGAGUUGCCAGGUCCCAGAGGAUAUGGAUCUAGAAAGUCCAGAGAAGACAGUGGCAAAAUGAAGAAAAAUAUAAGAUAUCUGAAUUAAACAAAACAACCAGAAAAAUAGAAAUAAAAAAACCCACAAAAACAAAAACUAAACUGAGAACAAAACUAAUGAAACAGAUGAAGGAAGUCGUGGAAACAUAUCCUAAGCCAGGGCUCAGAGAUGAAGCAGUGAAGGAAACAGGGAUUGGGAGGAAAAGAGAGAAUGGUGUACCCUUCAUUUCUUCCAAAACCAAACUGAUUGCAUCAGUUUUAUCCAAACUGGGUAUUGUCCUCUCUCCUGCCUCUUGUGGUUCCUUUUUGAGCCUGGAAGUCUACUUGUCUAUUCUGCAGUAAUGUGGGCUAGCACAACCCAAAUAACGUCUAGAAAGCCAUGAGUUUUAAAGGGCCAGUCCCACCCAGUUACCCAGGUCAUAAGUAUGUCUAUGUGACACUAU